CGCCUACGUCCUGCGCGAUCUCCAGCAGAGACGAUCGUCACUUUCUGACGCCGUUGCACCGAUCCCGGCAGGAGGAUGAGGAUCUGCUGACAAAGUGAGGAGCCAAUGAUGUCUGGAUGUCAGACUCUAGAGAAGAUGGAGCUGGAGGAAGACCUGGUCUCUGGACCAGAUGAAGAAGAAAAGAUAACAGAGAAGAUAUCACUCAAGUCAGAAUACGUCACUCAGUGGGCUGCUAUCAUCCUGUCAGGCACCACUGAGGAGGAAGGAAGUGUGAGGACUGACCUGCCCUACACCGACAAGCCCGGACUGCAGGCAGUGACAGUGAUGGAUUAAUAUAAGAACUGGAUCUUCUACGUGUUCCAUUUUUGGCACUUCAGUUGAGCUACACAACUUGUACAGCCCUGGAAUCUACCAUGUCUGAUACAGAGGAUAUAACAGAAGAAUAUGAAGAUGAGGACGAAGCAGAAGUGCCACAGGUAGAAGAGGAGGAGGAAGACCAUAUUGAGAAAGAUAAUGAAGAGGAAGCUACUGCAGAAGAAGAAGAGGAGACAAAGCCCAAACCCAAACUUUUUAUGCCAAACCUAGUGCCACUGAAAAUUCCUGAUGGAGAAAAAGUGGAUUUUGAUGAUAUUCACAGAAAACGUAUGGAAAAGGAUUUUACAGAACUUAAGACACUUAUUAAAGCUCACUUUGUGAGCCGGAAGAAAGAAGAAGAAGAACUGUUGGCUUUGACAGACCGUAUGGAGAAACGGAGGGCAGAACGGGCAGAGCAGCUAAGGAUUCGAACUGAAAGGGAAAAGGAGAGGCAGGCCAGAUUGGCGGAAGAUCGCGCUCGCAAAGAAGAAGAGGAAAACAGGAAAAGAGCUGAAGAGGAUGACAAGAAAAAGAAGGCUUUUUCAAACAUGCUUUACUUUGGUGGUUAUCUUCAAAAGACUGAGAGGAAAGGUGGAAAGAAACAUACAGAGCGGGAAAAGAAAAAAAUGAUUUUGGCCGAGAGAAGAAAGCCAUUAAAUAUUGAGAACCUGAAUGAAGACAAGCUGAGGUUAGAAGCUCAGGCGCUUUAUAACCAGAUUUACCAGUUAGAAGCUGAAAAGUUUGACCUUCUUGAAAAAUUUAAGAAGCAGAGAUAUGAGAUUAAUGUCCUGAGGAACAGAGUUACAGACCACCAAAAGCUGUGA